AUGAGAGGCGAGGUUCUCCAUCUUCACCUGGGCCAGGCUGGUGCCCAGCUGGGUAACAGUGCUUGGGAGCUGUACCUCCUUGAGCACGGCCUCGGACCUGAUGGCCGCCCUGAUCCCAAUGCCACCAUUGCUGAGGGUGGUUCCUUUGACACCUUCUUCACGGAGACCAGCAACGGCAAAUACGUCCCCAGAUCUCUCUUCGUCGAUCUCGACCCUUCCCCCAUUGAUGAGAUCCGUACCGGCAACUACAGACAGCUCUUCCACCCCGAGACUUUGAUCAGCGGCAAGGAAGAUGCGGCCAACAACUAUGCUCGUGGUCACUACACCAUUGGCAAGGAGAUGAUCGACCCUGUCAUCGAUCGUAUCCGCCGUGUUGUUGACAACUGCAGCUCCCUCCAAGGUUUCUUGAUCUUCCACUCAUUCGGUGGUGGUACCGGCUCUGGCUUCGGUGCUCUCCUCUUGGAGCGCCUCUCCACCGACUAUGCUAAGAAGUGCAAGCUCGAGUUCACCGUUUACCCGGCCCCCCGUGUUUCGACUGCUGUCGUCGAACCCUACAACGCUGUUCUUAGCACCCACAGCACCAUCGAGAACUCUGACUGCACCUUCUUGGUUGAUAACGAGGCUGUGUAUGACAUCUGCCGCCGGAAUCUGGACAUUCCCCGGCCGAGUUACGAGCACCUGAACCGCCUGAUCGCUCAGGUUGUCUCUUCCAUCACCUCUUCCCUCCGCUUCGACGGUGCCCUCAACGUCGAUUUGAACGAGUUCCAAACCAACUUGGUUCCCUACCCUCGUAUUCACUACCCUCUUAUCAGCUAUGCUCCUGUCAUUAGUGCUGCCAAGAGUGCUCAUGAGAGCUUCAAGGUUUCUGACCUGACCUUCCAGUGCUUCGAGCCCAACAACCAGAUGGUCGUCUGCGAUCCCCGCAAGGGCAAGUACAUGGCCGUCGCCCUCCUCUACCGCGGUGAUGUUGUCCACCGCGACUGCUCCGCUGCCGUUGCCCAGCUCAAGGCCAAGUCCUCCUUCAACCUGGUCGAGUGGUGCCCCACCGGUUUCAAGAUCGGCAUCAACUACCAGAAGCCCGUCGCCGUCCCCACGGCCUCUCCCUCGGACGGCGGUCUCGCUUCCGUCGACCGCUCCGUCUCCAUGUUGUCCAACACCACGGCCAUCGCUGAGGCCUGGUCCCGCCUGGACUACAAAUUCGACUUGAUGUACAGCAAGCGUGCCUUUGUGCACUGGUACGUUGGUGAGGGCAUGGAGGAAGGCGAGUUCAGCGAGGCCCGUGAGGACUUGGCUGCGCUGGAGAAGGACUACGAGGAGGUUGCCCAGGACUCGGUUAAUGACGAGGAGCUCGAGGCUGAGUACUAAGCGGGGGGAUGGCGACUGGAGGUAAUGUGUUGCAAGUCGGUUUGUUUGGGAGCUGGCUGGAUAUGUUGUGUUCUGUCGAGAUUUUAUUUUUCUUUACUUGUGUUCGUGAUGAGAUAUGGGACGUGAUUAUGAAAUGGAAAGAGAUGUUUAUGCGAGUUGAAUUGUUUUUACCCCCUGAUGCCCUUUGGUGUUUUGUAUUUUCUGAGGUGGGCAAAAAGAGACGAGAUAAUCCCCCCUUUAUUACAGACAUAAAAGCAAGCAAGUAACAUGGAAUGUGGAAGCAAAGUAAGCUAAAGGUUCAAGGGUGAUUUUCU